UGUCCGCUCUCACGAACGGCCGUCGCUGAGGUUGAAAAAUCUGGUUCACAGCUGUAUUAAAAAUUGGAAUGACAGAUCGUUUAAACGCAUUGAAUUGAUACGGGUUCUGUGUCCGGUGCGUGUAAAUGCCGUAUUUGAAAUCCAUCAGCAUUUUGUUGCCGAAGGUUGAUGCGUCCACUUGGAUGGCGUAUUGUUGUCGGUUGCCAACUUGCCAGAGUAUUUCCCUGUGGAUGCCCGUUGAAUCUUUUCAGACGCGCAAACUGGAACAACUUGCAAAUAACGCCGGAAAAUGCAUCGUGAUUGUUGUAUUGUGUCUCGUGUCCUGCAUUGUCCGCUCCGCCUCCUGUUGAUUUAUAGUGCACAGUUGGUGGAGUAAAACAAACAACGGCAGAGCAGGGUGACUCGUGCAGUCUUACGAUAGACAGCUUUCGCGCAGCAGUUUUUGUUGGACGUUUUUUCCGUCUGAUUUGUUGGUGUGUGAAACAUGACAGUUGUAAAAUGCGUGAGCUUCGGAUUUUAGAAUGACCACCAGUGUGAUGACUGCUGCAGCCAGAUUUUUCCUUUCUUAAUUUUUAUUUAUCACGCACAAUGAAUUCCAAAGCUGCGGGGAUUAAUGGGGGACCAGCCAGUUUUGCUCAGAGCAACGGACCAAAGAGUGUGAAUUCCCUGGCCAUCCGACAAGAGAUUCAGCGCUUCGAGAGCGUCCAUCCUAAUAUUUACACUGUUUACGAUCUAGUCGAUCUUAUCCCCGAUCCGGUACUGGCACAACAAAUUCGCGAGCACGUUGUUUGCAUUGAAGAUUCCUUUGUCAAUUCGCAAGAAUGGACCAUUCCGCGGACAGUGCCGGAGAUUAAAUUGGGCAUAUUAGGCAGUGUGGCCAGCGGCAAAUCGGCACUCGUUCAUCGAUAUUUGACUGGCUCGUAUUUACAAGAAGAAUCUCCCGAAGGUGGGAGGUUUAAGAAGGAAAUGAACAUUGACGGACGGGCCUACCUGCUGCUCAUACGCGACGAGGGUGGUCCUCCGGAAGGACAGUUUUCCAAUUGGGUGGAUGCGGUUAUUUUUGUCUUUUCCUUGGAAGACGAAAACACGUAUAAUGACGUGUACAAUUAUUACGCGCGAAUGGCGGGGCACAAGAACAUCACCGAUCUGCCCAUUGUUCUAGUCGGCACGCAAGAUGCGAUUACGGAAGCCAAUCCCCGUGUCAUCGGUGAGGAUUUGGUGAAGCGCCUGCAGUCAGAUCUGCGGAAGUGUCCCUAUUACGAGACAUGCGCCACGUACGGUCUGAACGUGGAGCGCGUCUUCCAGGACGCCUGCCAGCGCGUGGUGGCCAUGCGCAGUGCCGCCCAACUGGCCUUGUGUUCGCGGCCGGUGACCUACAGCACCCACUCCACCCCCGCUUCCAGUUAUCGCGUCCUGAAUAGUCAGUCGCCGGUGGUGCAGAACGGCUGCUAUGUCAACGGGACGGUGGGCAGUUAUCGUAUGGAAGCCCGCGGGAAUCUGCCGCCGGUACCGUCGCCGGGAUUCUUGAAGGAGGUGGUGGAUAAGGUUACGGGAGGGGUGCCAUUGACCACCCCGGCGACGCCGAAUACCAUGAGGAAAAAUCGGCGGAGAUCCAAUAUUUUAUUGCCCAAGAAAUACGAUGAUGACAAAAAGAACAAGGAUAAAGAUAAGGACGUGCGUGUGGGACACGGUCGAGAAAUUCCGAAGAAGCAAGGCUUUCUAUACAAGCGCAGCACUAAGGGUCUCAAUUUAAACCGCGAGUCGCGGAAGAAGAAGUAUUGUGUAUUGUUCGAUGGUGGACUGCUUGCCUACUACCAGAGCAUGAACGAUUACAUGAAUGAUUCUGGAAGGAAAGUCAUCAACCUGUUCGGCACAAUGGUUCGCGUUCCUGGACAGCCGCCUACCGGCGUGCAGCGGCCAUCUGAGAACAAUUCAGCGAGAAGUCACAACGGUGCAGAAAACGAUCUGCACGACAGUCCGUUGUACACAGCAUAUGAAAUCCUAGCGGAAACCGUUGACUAUCCGCCCCCGCGGACACCCGGUGGCUCGUUGUCCAGUGCAUGCGAUGAAGCGGUGAUCAUUGCCAACGGACACGCUCCCGUCACGCCGACAGGAUCAUUUGAGGCUUUUCUUUUCCCUGCAGUGAGUAACGGCGGAACGCCCAGUGUGAAGAAGCGGCACCGGAAGAAGAACGGCUUUAAGAUCAGUUCCGACAACGGGGAUAACGACUCCGAGUAUGAGUUUUACAUUCGGGGAUUGGAUAACCGGCAGUGGACGUUUGAUGCGGGAAGUGCCUCCGAGCGGGAUGAAUGGGUGCGGGCCAUUGAGGAUGAGAUACAGAGUUGUCUGGUGAAGGGCGGGGGUGGGCAGCCCAAUACGGUGGUGGAUGUGCAGACGGUGCGGAGUGUCCCCGGGAACGAUCGCUGUGCGGAUUGUAAAGCGCUCAAUCCCCUGUGGGCCAGUUUGAAUUUGGGGAUUCUCAUCUGCAUCGACUGCAGCGGCAUCCACAGAAAACUGGGCACGCAUGUAUCGAGGGUGCGAUCACUAGAUUUGGAUGAAUGGCAGGAGUUUCUCGUCAAGGUGAUGAAAUCUGUGGGGAAUCGUCUGGCUAAUUCCGUGUGGGAGGCCAAGUUAGCGCCGCAUCGACAGCUUUCGCCGAAUUGCAAUCGUGAUAGCAGGGAACGGUUUAUUCAUGCAAAAUACGUCGCCAAGGAGUUUAUUGCUGGUCUGCCAACCUCGCGGUCGGCCAUUGAGCACCUUCGGGAGGCGAUCCACACGAGUGAUAUCUAUCUGGCAAUAUUAUCCCUAAAUUAUCUGGUCAAAGAAGAAAUCAACGUCCCCUCUUCCCACGAUCAUCAGACCCCGCUGCACCUCGCCGCCUCCACGGGGAACGCCGUCAUGACGCAGCUCCUCCUGUGGCACGACGCCAAACCCAACCUGCGCGACUACCAGCACUGCAGUCCGCUGGAUCUCGCCCAGUCCGCACCGUCAUCCAUCCACGCCGAAUGCGUCGACGUCCUGGUGCAGCAUGGCGCUCUGGCCAUGUCGCCGCCGCCCCUGGGGCGCAAUCUGUCGGAUAGUGAUGUCCUGACGUCACCGAAUAGUUCCUUGCCCAGUAGUUUUCACCGGAAGAUGAGCGGGCGGUCGCCGGCAUAUAAGAACAUCCAGCCCAGUGCUGUGUUUAAUGUGCAGCAGUCGGCGGAUGUGCUAGAGAAGCUGCCGGCCAGUAUUAUUAAUAAUCUAUUUAUAAUCAUGCCGUCCGCCACGGAGUUCUUGCCCGCGUCCAAACGCGGUCCGCACACGGCGCUGACGGUUCCCGAGGCGGUGUCCAAGGGGAACGGCGUGUUCGUCAGUAAUGGGGCCUACCAGGGCCUGGCGCACAGUGAGUCGGCGGUGACGGUGUUGAAUCUGUGGAAGCAGCGCAGUGGCGCGGCGGGGGUCCACGGGGAAGGCUCGGAUCGGUCGGGAUCGGGCUCGUCCGUCACGGAGGAGCUCCCUUCGGCCACUGAUCCCUGGGCACUUCCGGAAAUGCGUCCGGAAGAGGAGGCACGCUGGGAAGAUUUGUCGAGAUGGAUGCGUUGCCGGCGCGUAGUGGUGAACUGGAUACUGAAGCCGUUGACCGUGGUGAUGCUGUUGUAUCUGUUUAUCUGUUCGUUGGACUUCCUGAGCUCGGCCUUUCAGCUGGUCGGCGGGAAGAUGGCGGGACAGGUGUUUGUGGAGAAUCCCUUCUUGGCCAAUCCCAUCUGCGGAUUGAUGAUUGGUUUGCUGAGUACCGUCUUGGUACAAAGCUCCUCGACAUCCACUUCCAUCACGGUCACCAUGGUUGCUUCCGGAAUUUUAACGGUGCGGCUGGCCAUUCCCAUCAUCAUGGGAGCUAAUAUCGGCACAUCCAUCACCAACACCAUUGUCUCCCUGGCGCACAGCUCGCAUAAGGAUGAAUUUCGGCGCUUUGCCGGCGCGACGGUGCACGAUAUGUUCAACUGGCUGUGCGUGGUGGUGCUGUUGCCGCUGGAAGUCAGCACGGGAUAUCUCUACUACAUAUCCAAAGCGGUGGUGGAUAGCUUCGAUAUUCAGAAAGGCCGCGGCCCGGCCGAAGAGACGGAGUUCCUGAAACGGCUGACGCAGCCGUUCACGUCGCGGAUUAUCCAAAUGGAUAAGCAUGUGAUCGAGCAAAUUGCUAUUGGGAGUAAAGAUCCUGAAUUGGAGAAAGCGAGCUUGCGAAAGCGAUUUUGUGCCUAUGAGACUGUGUUCAAUGUUUCGAACAAUGCCUCACACAGCAUUCCCACAGAGCGCUGUAAGUUCUUCCUGUUCAACACGGACGCUCUGUCCGAUACAGUGGCCGGAGUGAUUUUAUUGGGCUUUUCCCUGCUGAUGCUGUGUACAUGUUUGGUGAUCAUGGUCAAAGUGCUGAAUUCCCUCUUGCGGGGAUCCGUGGCGCAGUCCAUUCGGCGGUUUAUUAACAGUGAUUUUCCGGGUGUUUUUCAUCACCUGACCGGUUAUGCAGCGAUUCUAGUCGGUGCUGGUUUGACCGUUGUGAUGCAGAGUUCGUCGGUGUUCACUUCGGCUCUGACACCGCUGGUCGGUGUGGGCGUGAUCACGCUGGAAAGAAUGUACCCGUUGACGCUGGGAUCCAAUCUUGGAACCACUGGAACCGGUAUUUUGGCGGCAUUGGCCAGCGGCGGCGGGAAGCAGCUGGAGAGUGCCUUACAGAUCGCCUUUUGUCAUUUAUUUUUUAACAUUUCCGGCAUCCUUUUAUUCUACCCCAUCCCCUGGACGCGCGUCCCCAUCCGGCUGGCCCGCAUGAUGGGCAACACCACGGCCGAGUACCGCUGGUUCGCCAUCCUCUACCUGACCGUCAUGUACUUUGCCCUACCGGGACUGGUCUUUCUCCUCUCAUUACACCCCCUGGCCAUGUACCUGGUCGGCAUCCCGUUGGCCAUUUUAAUUGUUCUUAUCAUUUUAAUCAACAUCCUGCAGCGCAAAUGUCCGCGCGCGCUGCCCCAGCCCAUGCGCAACUGGAAGUGGCUGCCGGUGGGAUUGCGCUCGCUGGCGCCCUAUGACCGGGCGCUGCGCCGUGUGACGUGCUGUGGGAACACGGAGGCGGGGGUGCGCGGCGCGGAGGACGCCCGGUUGAUGCCGGGGAUGGAUGGGGAGUCGCGGAAGAUGCUGCUGGGCGUCAGUCCGGGCAGUAGUGCCGCGCCGUCACGGGUGACGAGUAGUGCGCAGUUGGUCGGCGGGCUGCAGCGGCCGGACGGGGUCGGGCGGCUGUCGGUGCAUAAUGUGACGACGGAGGUGUGAUUUUUUAUGGUGGGUUAAAGAAGUGGAGACAGGUUAUUUUUUGUCGAGUAAUAUUUUCUCUUUUCGGCGCUUUCAUGUUUUUCUGUUCCGCGGCUGCCUUCGGACCGUGGUGUUUUUCUCUCUUUGGGAUGUUGUAAAUAAUGCGAGUUUGUUGUUUUAUUUUGUUUUCUUGUACAUGACCUGACGGAUUUCCAACAAAACAGUUACUGCGGAUAGUGCGCUUACGAGGGGUCGAUUAAUAUUGAGUUUGGUGGUUUAUACUAGCUUCCGUGUCAUGUGAUGCAGUGAAUCUGACAAUGAUCUGGUUA